AAAAUGGCAGAUGCCAAAGCAAGAGAUUGGCGCCUCCUUCCAACAAAACAGAAUCUAAAAAAAAAAUCUUAGCUGAAACGGAUCUGGAUCCCGCUGAAACACCGGAAAAAUUAACCGUCGAUCUAGGAGACCCCUGAAAAUAAACCGGCCGUCAGCUUCAACAUCGAAUUUCACAUCGCAAAUACUAUCGGAUCGCAGAUACUCUACCCGGCAGGUUCCCUACAUUUGCAUUACAUUUGUGUCACUAUAGUACUUCUGUACUUGUUCUCUUAUUUGAGCUAGCAUACCAAGAUCUGUAGCUGCGCUUAUAAAAUUAGCCAGUUUUUGUUUAUUACGGAGUAUUAUCUUCUACUGCUCUGAUUUGUUCUGUAAAUUCUUCCCCAAAAGCUACCGCCUACCUGGAGAAGAAUAUAAUUGAUUCGCAUAUCAUUCUGUUUAGGUAUUCCAGGUAGAUGUAUAUAAUGGCCGAAUCUGCGAAUUUAUCUGAAUGAUAACUGUUUGGUAGAAUUUAUUUCAGCCGAAUAAGAAUGUCAAAAGGUACUGAUUUUGCUGAUUGUAACCGCGAACAGAAUAAGCCAGAUAGGACUACCAAAGGGAGCCUUAAAAUUAUCUCAUUACCAAGUAUUGCCUCUGAUGAUGAAUAAAAUAAGUACACAUAACCUUUUGGGAUCGAACAAGGUUAUAUGACACCAAUCCGAAAAGCAAGCAUUUAUUUAUUUAUGAGAGAAUCCAGUGACAAAACUUGCAUCAAAAGCUCUGAGAUAUGGAAUAUCUGGCCUUUAAGCAACCUUUCUUGCAAGCUAUUCUAAUCCUGCCAUGUUUUCUUGCAAUUUUCGUUCUUCUUCUUUUCCCCUCUCCUUUUGUCUAUCUUCUGAACUUCAUACAUACCUUCAUCUAUUCUGCUACCUUUGCUUUUACAUCAAUGGCAGUGACUCAUGCCGAUCUUGCUCCCAGUCCUCCUAAAACUGACCUGGGCAGCAAAACAGGCCUUUUCGUAGUCAUUCUCUCCAUACUUUUAGGGCUGCUUUGCUUCAUUCUCUCCCUCAUUGCGGAAGCCACCCGUUCUGAGGCACUGUGGAUGGGGACCAAGUGCACAUUUAGCGGGAAUGGAAAGACUCCUCUAAUGAGCGUGGCUGGUGCUUUCUUCUCCCUGGCACUAGCCAUGCUGUUACAACAUACUUAUCUGUUGAUAGCUGUGAGUAAAUUUUCAGAGCCGUCAUUAGCUAACUGGGACCCGCAUUCUGAUUUUUUCAAACGUCUCACCUGGCAAGCUGGUUUUUUCUUCGUUUCGAUGUGGAGUUCAUUUGGGGUUGGUGAGAUAUUGCUGCUAAUAGGACUAAGUGUAGAAUCUGGUCACCUAGAAAAGUGGAGAGAACCAAGGCCAAGCUGUAUAGUAAUUGGACAGGGAGUGUUCUCAGCUGCAGGAGUUUUUGGUCUUUUAACUGUCUUCAUGGCUGCCGGUCUGUACAUCUCAGUUUUGCGCUGGCAGAGGUUUUUGCAAGCCCAAGAAAACAUCAAUCGGAAUGUUAUCGAGGCAUCGGUCCUCUAUGCAUCGCCACCAAGGUCGCCACGGCAAAUAUUAAGACCGGUUGCAGAUGAGAGCCACAUUGCAAGACAUGAUAGAAAUGAUCAUCUUUUGUUGGGACAAUAUAUGACAGAGGUUGAAAAGUACUUGCAUCUUGUUUGAUUGAAGAGAAGUGGAAGAGAACAUGCCAAUAGAAAUAGGGAUUGCAUAUAAUAUGGAAAUGUAAAUGAUGAAGAGAUUGUUGUAUACUUGUGAAUUCUAAAUCACCUCACGUCUUUUUAAUUUAUCAAUGUAUCUUUAUAGUACUUCAUUCGAAAAGAAGUACAUCAUGUUUGGUUAUGUAAAUUUUAGCUAAAUAUAGCUUUAAUCACAGAAAAAUCAUGUACCACCCAAAGCUUUCUAUGUUGCACUGAUAUAGCCUCUAUAUUUGCAGCCUCGCUUUCAUA